GGAUUGGCACCUUUGGGGAGUGGGGUGGAGCGGGUACCCGAAUUUGACAGGUACCCGCUCUCGCUUCUGGUCCGAUCACCUAGGCGAUCGGAAAUGGAAGGUGUCCUCCCUCGCUGUAGUCUUUUGGGACACGUGACAGGUCCCAGAAGACUACAGGACCAUUUACGAAGCGCAGCGCUACUCACGCAUGCGCAGUGGGUACCCGGUUGUGAAACCACCAGCUAUCCCAUCCGAGUGCCCACAGUGAAGAUGCCGGCCUCCUGGAAUACAGGACUGCAGGUGAAACGAGCUGCGGGGGACACACCAUGG